UAUAUAUAUAUAUAUAUAUAUAUUUUUUUUUUUUUUUUUACAACAAAAAUGGCCCAUAAUAUCCGGAGUAUCGAGCUGGAACACUUUGAGGAGCGGGACAAGGCACACAGGUCAUCCAGGGCCGCCGGCACAGGGUCUGGGUCGGGAUCCAGAGGGAACGGGCUGAUUCCAAGUCCAGCUCACAGUGCCCACUGCAGCUUUUAUCGCACCCGUACUCUCAAAGCCCUCAGCUCAGAGAAGAAAGCCAAAAAAGUUAGAUUUUACAAAAACGGAGAUAAGUAUUUCAAGGGACUGAUUUACGCUGUGUCCAGUGACCGCUUCAGGUCUUUCGAUGCCCUGCUCAUGGAGCUUACCAGGUCCCUUUCUGACAAUGUUAACCUGCCGCAAGGAGUCCGGAUCAUAUAUACAGUAGAUGGAACCAGGAAGCUCUCAAGCAUGGAAGAGUUGGUAGAAGGGGAAAGCUACGUUUGCGCCUCCAACGAGCCGUACCGCAAAGUAGACUACAUGAAGAACGUGAACCCCAACUGGUCUGUAAACGUCAAGGGCAGUGGAGCACGCUCCCUCUCCUCGCUGGGCUUGCUGAAGAGUGAUAUGCGGGAGAGCAAAGACUUCAUCAAACCCAAGCUGGUGACAGUGAUUCGGGGUGGGGUCAAGCCGCGGAAAGCCGUGAGGAUUCUUCUGAACAAAAAAACCGCCCACACCUUUGAUCAGGUCCUGACAGACAUCACUGAUGCCAUCAAGCUGGAUUCUGGGGUGGUGAAGAGGCUGUUCACUCUAGAUGGGAAGCAGAUCACCUGCCUGCAGGAUUUUUUUGGAGACGACGAUGUAUUCGUUGCCUGCGGACCGGAGAAAUACCGUUAUGCUCAGGACGACUUUCUAUUGGAUCACAGUGGUAAGGCUUCCACAGCCUUUGAGACUGAGUGCCAGGUGAUCAAGUCUUCAUACUCCCGGUCUGCUGCGCCUGGACGGCAGUCUGGAUCAAAGAGCCCCGGACUCUCGCGACGGAGCAAGUCCCCGGCCUCAGUAAGACGAGGUGGACGCUAUUCGCCAGCCAAGUCCCCAGUGAAUGGGACCCCCAGUAGCCAGCUGUCUACACCCAGGUCCACCAAAUCCUCCAGCUCCUCUCCAACUAGCCCAGGCAGUCUCCGUGGACUCAAGAUUCCUCCUCAUUAUGGUUCUGCCUCCAAUGUGAAUGGUGCCUCUGUUCAGAUUAAUUGUCUGAGCCCUGAAGCAGUUAACGGGAACAAAUGUUUGUCAGCCUCGGCCAUCCUGGACAAAUACAAGAUCGGAAAGGUGAUUGGAGACGGCAACUUUGCGGUUGUGAAGGAGUGUGUAGAACGGUCCACUGGUAAGGAGUUUGCCCUGAAGAUAAUUGAUAAAGCCAAAUGUAGUGGAAAGGAGCACCUUAUUGAGAACGAAGUGGCAGUGCUGCGAAGGGUGAAGCACCCCAACAUCAUCAUGCUGGUCGAGGAGCUGGACACUGCGGCAGAGCUCUACCUGGUCAUGGAGCUGGUGAAGGGUGGAGACCUUUUUGAUGCCAUCACAUCCUCGACUAAGUACACAGAGAGGGAUGCCAGUGCCAUGGUGUACAAUUUAGCCGGCGCUCUCAAAUACCUGCACUGUCUGAAUAUCGUUCACAGGGACAUCAAACCUGAGAACCUACUGGUCUGUGAGCAUCCUGACGGAACCAAGUCUCUGAAGCUGGGAGAUUUUGGCUUGGCCACUGUGGUGGAGGGGCCCCUCCAUACAGUCUGUGGAACCCCCACCUAUGUGGCUCCUGAGAUCAUUGCAGAAACUGGCUAUGGCCUGAAGGUGGAUAUCUGGGCUGCUGGUGUCAUCACUUACAUCCUCCUUUGUGGGUUUCCCCCAUUCCGCAGUGAGAACAAUCUUCAAGAGGACCUUUUUGACCAGAUACUUGAGGGACGGUUGGAAUUUCCAUCUCCCUACUGGGACAACAUCACUGACUCGGCUAAAGAGCUGAUUGGUCAGAUGUUGCAAGUCAAUAUGGAAACACGGUACACAGCAGAGCAAGUUCUGGCUCAUCCCUGGGUGGCUGAUGAUGCUGCCAUGGAGAAUAACAUGCAGGUAGAAGUUACAGGUAAACUAAAGAAGCACUUUAACUCGGCACCAAAGCAGAGUAACACCUCAGCCGGAGUGUCAGUCAUCAUGAACACGGCUCUAGAUAAGGCGGAGCAGAUCCUGGUCAGCAAGCGCUGUCAAGAGGCCAGAGAAGCCGUGGCAGAGAAGAAACCUCAACUCGCCCAGUCUGAGGACCCUGAGACACCCUGGGCUAGCACUGCCACUGCUGCCUCCCUUCCUGCUUCAUCUGAGCCAAUCCAGUUGCCCACGUUAUUGCCACUUCCAUCGACCCCCGCCACGGCAGACACACCAACAGCAACGCAUUCGCCCCCUCCUCUCAGCAUGCAGUGCGGAGCUGGGGCUGAUGAAUCUUGAAAGACUGCCUGACCAGGCUGGCUACCAGACUUCCUCUGGAAAGGAAGCGCACUGCAAGAGGCCCAGCCUACACGACUUUAUCUUUAUUAUUACCGACUACUAGCAUGUAGGGGUUAGAUGCUUCGUUCCAGUAACGCUGCUACUAUUGUGGUAGAUAAUGACCCUGGCAGCCUCUGAUGGUGUGUGCUGGCACUAUGUAAUUUCAACCAUUAUUUGUUUUAGAGGGCAUUUUUUGUUUUUGUAUAUACAGUAUAAGCUAUGAAAAUAGGUUUGAUAUGGUUUCGUAUAUGGCACUACAAAACAAUUCUGGUGAUGUUUUUAGCCUCCCACAUGCACAUCUGUUUACGCCAUUAACGUACUAUAUUUUACACUGACUGGAUCGUCAUUAGUUUUGCCUGUUUUUACUGAAGGAAAAAAUCUAAAUUAACUUAACUAUAUUGUUCCUACCUGUGCACAGAUAUCAGCAGUGCGAGUUAAGAGGGUUAACUGCAGUACACUGAAGAGGCUCAAUAGGAGCCAAUUUAAAAUAAAAGGUAUUUAUUUGUACAAAGAAUAAAAGUGAGGUGUCGCGAGGUUUUCGAAAAGUUUUGUUUGUUGUUUUUGUUUGUUUUCUCCUCUGAUUGUUGUUUUGGUUGUUUCCAGUCAUGAGCUUCUUUUCUGUUGAAUUUCCAAUCUGUAAACCUGUAAGUGGUUAAAUCUAACACUGCACUUCGAUGAUCGUUGUUUGCUGCAUGUCGCAUACUUCAUUCAAACAGCAAUUCCAGACAUCACCCAGUAGGACAUCUAGAUGUACAAAGAAGGUGCUAGAUGUAACCUUGUUAGCAUCCAGUACAAAAAAAUGUUCAUUUUUGUUUUAGAAAUGCUUACAGUAUGUCCUGUUAUUGAUCAUUUCAGCAACAAAAACAGUUUACCCAGGUGUUCUGAGUUGUGAAUCAGCAAGGAACAGAUGUAGUGUGCAGACCUGUAACAUUGAGCCUGUUUUUGAGAAGAGCUUUUUCUCUGACACACACAAGUGUUCAUCGUUGUCUUUUAUGUUCUGAUUGUCCUUAGCGAAAAAUGUGAGCUUUUAUUUUGUAUUAGAAAUAAAUCAGAAAACUGAAAUCCACGCAAUAAAGUCCU